AUGAAGAUUAGUCCUCUAGUCUCAUUUGUAUUCAUAUCUACAUGGACAAUAACCAGUUAUCUGGUGAAUGGAUACGUUUGGAACGAGUCAGUCAGAUCGAUAAGCAAGCGCUAUGUCGAGGAUCCGCCUCCUAAUCCUCCAAAAUAUCCUCCAAGAUGGACAGCAACGGCAUUUUUCGAAUUUGUCAAUGCAUCGAAUAGUUCGCCUGCUGGUGCUGGUAUCUUAUAUCAGUUAAUCGAUUCAAUCAAUCAAAAAUUUCGAGCCGAUGAUUUCUAUUUUGCUGGAACAUUUCCUUUUCCCUAUGAUACUUUUUUUUCAUCAACAGACUCUCUCAACAAGUAUCAAUACUAUGCCAGUCUUACACCAAAUGGAAUAUCCUGUGUUAUAUAUCCAGGAAAUCCUGCCACACUCUCACAAAAUUGGAUUGCAGAGUUAUGUUCAUAUAAUUCGACACUAUAUUAUCAGACAACCAAAGCUUAUAGAUGGAAUUGUGCAACAGACGUUGUAACUUGGUUUACCGAUACAGCAGCUAAUGAUGGACGUCUCAUUUAUCAACAUACAAUUCCACAGCCAUUAUUUGAUGUAUAUCAGUAUUUAUGGUUUACAAACUAUACGGUUGUUGAAGAAGAAUUCGAUCCAAGCAUCUUCAUUCCACCGAAAGGAUGGAAUUGUCCAGAUUAUAAACUGCCCAAUCCGGAAAGCAUAUCUUUUGCAUAA